AUGGGAAGCGUUGGGUGCUGUAAAAACUCUCCUCGUGUUGAUACUCUUAAAUUUGAUGAUGUUGACUCUUCAAGUUAAGAAUCUAUUAUCCACAAAAGAGAUGAUUAAUUUUCACCAAGAGCCAGUUCCCCUGGUCAAGAAGCAGUCCCUCUACAAAUCAAUCAAAGAUAACCUCAGAUGUAUUAAAAACAUGCUUGCAUAUCUACUGCCUUAUAAUCUUACUCUUUCAAAACAAUCUCCUCAGAACAACAUUUCUCAAAUUUUAUAACAUUUUAAGCCCUUCCAUCAUCUAGAGAUUAACAAUCUAGCAAAGUUUAGAACAUCAGGUCUAACUUUUUAGAAGACCUCCAUGAAAUUCAACAUUAAUUGAGUUGCGAAUUUUAAAGCAAUGAACAAAUUAAACUACCCUCAUAAUAUAGAAAAAACAUUUGA